CCAAGCUCGGCGUGAUUUCUUCUCAUAAACACUCUCGCAAACGCCGCCGAUAGAUUGCAUGCUGUAUCUAGGCUGUCGCUUUUAACGCCGCGCUGUUUCCCCGCCAGCCACCCCCACCUUCGGAUCCAAAACAUCCCAAUCGAUGAGAUUAUGUCCGCUGCCAUCCCAGACCAGCCUGUAGCAGCGCCUGAACCAACGCCAGCAGCAGAUCCCGAAUACACUACAGAGCAGUUACAAGCCCGUUCUAGAGACUUCAUCGCAAGUGAGAAGUUCAACCGCCGGUUUACACUACCAGCGACCGACGACCAUGGCGAACUCACCGUGACCUAUGCCGUCGCCGGCAAGGAUAGUGAGUCCGCGCCGACGAUACUGUUUAUCGGCGGCUUGUACGGUGGAAGAUACUUAGCCACGAUGGCAGACUAUCUCAGCGAGAAAAAGGGUGUGAGAUUUGUUGUCGCAGACCGCCCAGGAAUGGGUGGAUCAACGCCCGUAAAACCGUUACAGCGACUGUCAGUUUGGCUCGAAACCGUGCCGGCGCUGAUGCGCAUUCUCGGCGCCCAGCACGUCGCGGUUGGCGCACAUAGUUGCGGCGUUAUCUACGCACUAAACACGGUCUACUCCAUGCCGGAGAUCUUGUCUCCGACCAAUCCCAGGCUCUACCUUUUCACGCCGUGGGUGAGCCCCAAGUACAGUGGUAUCAGUUACUUAUCUCUCUCCUCAUAUAUGCCUUCCAAGCUUAUUGGCGGUUUCGACGGCCUUGUUCGCUUCAUAACCUCUAAUGUCGUGCCAACCGUACAAUUCUCAAGUGGUCUUUUUUCUGGGCCAUCCACAGCCUCUGGCGCAAAGAAUGACUUGUGCCGUGAAUUCCGCGGCGUGUCGGCUGCCGAAGCUAAGGCACAGUCCGACGUAAUCAUGAAAUUGCUUUUCAGCGAGGACACGAGCGGUGCGAACGACGAGUGUCUACUGUUGCUGAAGAAAAAGGCGGCUGGGCCUUGGGGUGCCUGCGAGAGCUACGGAGAGUAUCCAGCAAAACUCGAGGCAAAGUUGAGAGAAUAUUUCGCCAGCCAUCCACCCAGCACUCAAGAACCAUCGGACUCUAGUGCUCCUAGUAUCUCUCCUCCGCAGCAACGGCUCGCUGUAAAGGUGUUCUGGGCCGAGUCGGAUUUAUUGAUCGGAAAGAAAGGAGCUGCUUAUUUCGAUACAUGCUUUAAGAAGUUUUUACAGGAAGAGCUUGGGAGCGGCGCUGAUAGUACUGUCCUGGUAUACGAUAGUGAGGUGCUUCCCGAGACUGACCAUGAUACUACCCUGCUACCCGAAUAUGGAGCCUUGCCACAGAUGAUAGAGGAUAUCAUUGGAGCGAAAUAACGGGGUCCAGGGAGACAAGGAAUAUAAACCACAUUUCGAAUCCAGACCGAGACCGAUUAGUUACGUUUUCAAGGGUAUGGCGACAACUCGGGCGGUCGGUCAUCUGAGCGGUUGUUUCUGGUCCACCUCUUUCAGAGCAGGACGACGGGGAUUUCGCAUGAGGUCAUAUGCCUUCCGAGUUAUUCCAAUGGCCACGGAGUAGGUCGAGGCGAAUAACGAUUCAUUUUGGUCGGAAGACUGAAUCAUUCCAAUGUGAAAGAUAGCGUGCGAGUAUUUCACCUGGCUCCCCUGCCAGGCCAGCUAUCAAGCUUCGUUGCUGUUGAGCUGUUCGAACAACAAAAAUGCAGGCACUACGCCGAGAAUACAACAAUCACUCCCCCUAUAAGUUAGUAAUAGCAUCAGGGCCUCGGC